UUUGUGAUCAAUGUGGUACUAAAAAUGUGUUAUCGUAGAGCCCGGUGACGUUGACCAGGCAAAAGCCAUGCGUUGGAACUUAUUUUAAUUUGUGUCAAUUAAAAUGUGCUAAAAAUAUCCAGAGCUGUUUAUGCGAAUGAAAGUAUCAUUAAAACCUCACUCCUGCAAUAUUUAAAAUGAUAAAGGGAUAUUCGGUGCUUGAUAGGCGAGUUUUGCAGCGUUUUAAAUUGGAAAGUUGAAGACAAUGCAGCCAGUAGACAGCCAUGUGGUCGCUAAGUUUGUGUGGCCUCAGUAAGAAACUUAGCUAAAAAUGGACAGAGGAAGCAGCUAGUUUGCUUCAUCCAAACGAGUUUUUGCAGGGGGUCGGUACUUUAUUUUCACUUGUUCUCUUUACAUUCUGCUUAAUUUCUUUUUAAGACAGCCUAUAUCCAGGAGCAUUUGCAUGUGCGUUGAGUCAUUGAACGCACCAGACCGUCUCUUUAACGCUAGCUUACAAAUGCUAAUGAUGAAUGAAAUAUUUUUAAAUUAUUUUGUGAGGAGGAAGACACGUUGUUAAGCGUAACAGGAGGAGGAGGAGGAGUGGAAGUUGGGAGGCAGCAGCAGCAGCGAGGCUUUUGUAUUGAUAGUCGGAAUAAAACAAGAUGACAGUCGUGUAAUUGCUACCUGGAGCACAGUUUGACCAACUCUGACAAAGAUGGUGUCUAACUCCAUCUGUGUCUCUCUGUCAUCUAGGCAUGGCAUGUGCCAACUUCUUGCUCUGACUAUGGCUUGGUGAGAAAGACUGGCUCCGUCACCCUCGCUGGGAAUCCCCGCGAUAUUUUCGACAAGAGACGAGGAAAAAUAAGCAAAAAUGGACAAAGAAGCUGUUGGUACGCAGUAUGAACCCGUGGCUGAGAUUGGAGAAGGAGCUUAUGGAAAAGUGUACAAGGCGAGAGAUCUGAAGAACGGGGGGCGCUUUGUAGCCCUCAAAAGAGUUCGUGUUCAGACUGAGGAAGAGGGGAUGCCACUGUCGACCAUCCGGGAGGUGGCGGUACUGAGGCAGCUUGAGGCCUUUGAGCAUCCUAAUGUUGUCAGGCUCUUUGAUGUGUGCACAGUGUCUCGGACUAACCGUGAAACCAAACUCACACUGGUCUUUGAGCAUGUGGAUCAAGACCUGACCACCUACUUAGAGAAGGCCCCUGACCCCGGCGUCCCGCCAGAAACCAUUAAGGAUAUGAUGUAUCAGCUGCUCCAGGGGCUGGACUUCCUGCACUCGCACCGCGUGGUUCACCGUGACCUAAAACCACAAAAUAUCCUGGUCACCAGCGGAGGACAGAUCAAACUCGCCGACUUUGGUCUAGCUCGCAUCUACAGCUUCCAAAUGGCGCUCACGUCGGUGGUGGUGACACUGUGGUAUCGUGCUCCAGAGGUGCUGCUGCAAUCCAGUUACGCCACCCCAGUGGACCUGUGGAGCGUCGGCUGCAUCUUUGCUGAGAUGUUCAGGAGAAGACCUCUGUUUCGUGGUAACUCAGAUGUUGAUCAGCUUGGAAAAAUCUUUGAUGUUGUUGGGGUCCCUUCGGCAGAGGACUGGCCUCAGGAGGUGGCCCUACCACAGAGUGCCUUCACCCCACGGCCUGCUAAGCCAAUAGAAGACUUGGUUCCUGACAUCGACGAGCAAGGGCGGGCCCUCUUAUUGCAAUUCCUCGCCUUCAACCCCUCCAGGAGGAUAUCUGCAUUCGCCGCACUUACCCAUCCUUACUUUCAAAGUGUGGACAGCCUCAGUAGAAGUGUGUAUGCCGCGCAGCCUAUCCCCACCAACAAACCCACUAUUGAGGAGAGGACUGCCUGAGAGGACUGUCCUCGCUGUCUCCUUUCCCGUGUCCAUAAAAAAAAAGUAUUCACCCAGCCACUCUUUGAUCUUAAUCAUGCUUAACUGUACAAUGAAAGUGCUUUAGUUAUAUAUUUUUUUGCUUGUAGCACAUUGAAAUUGCCUGUAAAGUGCGUUGGAUUGAAAUAUACUUGUAGAACACAAAAUGAUGCAAGCUACCAUGAUUUAAGUACCUUUAAAAGCGCCAAUGCCUACAGAGUCUAAAUUAUAAUGGCAGUCUGAAAUACCCGUAUUUGAUCACUGUCGCUUCUUAACUUAUCACUGCAUCAAAUUCUGCCGUGACCUUGACUUUUCAUCCUACAGGUGUCUGGAUGCAUCAUUUUGUGUUUUAUAUUGUCACUUUUUCACUGUGAUUCCUUGCGGUAUAUGUGAACUAAACAUGAAAGAUCAGGUGGUGGGUGUACUUCACAAACCAUUCUCGGAGUGUGCUCGGAAAGAGGCAGUGCUAGGAAAGAGUACACCCCGCCUUGGAAAUGCACAAAAAGCUAUCCUCCUUCCAUGAACUGAUGGAUUGAAAUUGCUGCUUUUAGGUUCUGAAAAUGUUGAUGAUUGACUACAUUAUCAAUGCAAAGACACUUGUGUCUCAGAUUUGACUGGGACGAAUCAGUGAACAGACUGUCGACUCCAUGAAGCGGCGGCCAUGCGGGAGCCUGGAUGCUUAACAUGGAUCUCACCAGCACCCUGAACUUGUGAUCCGCUAUGAAACCCAAGCAGUGGUCACAGAUAUGAACACACCAAGUGUGUCCACUGAUGCUCCAAACAAUGAGUCAUGACUAACUGCCACUUACUGCCAACGUCAUUGCAGCUCUUACAAUUCUUUUACUGCCACCCAGAGGAUGCGCUGAGCAACUGCAGACCAGUAGCAGGAUUCUAAUGGUUUUUGCAACUCUAAUUACUUUGGGGUCAAGCACACUUAUCAUCAUCAUCAUGGUGCUGAGGCAAUGAUGACAAGCAGGAAAAGUUCUUGCCACUCCCUUGAUGUCCCUGACAUGCUGUUAGUCAGCCAUUAAGGCCUGUUAUAAUCAUUAAUACUCUCAGUAAUGCAUAUGCUUGCAAUAGGUGGCUUGAGUCCCACCAGCACGAUUCAUCAAUACAUUUGGCUUAGACAUAUUCUACCAAUAUUCUGUAUUUAAUUUUAAUGUUAUUGAUAAGUCUUAUAUGCAUGUUUUUUUUAUCAAGUUGAGUGCUUGAUUUUUAAGAUGCUGGGGCAUGAAAUAUCCUUACACCAACUCGAGAGGAUUGCAGAACCUGUGUAAGGAUGGUUUGACAAUGUAAGGAAUGUAUAAAAGGGUAGAUGACUGUUUUGUACUGUUUUGUAGUGCAACAGUAAUUCUAGAAAAGCCCAUAGAAUUGUCAUUUUGAAAAAUGGAUAGCUGUAGCGUAGUGAUGGUCAGUGGAAUGUUGUAUGGCAAGAGUAUUUUGUCUGUUGAAAAUUUUUGGCGGGUUUUGCGGGUGCUUGUUGAAUUUCCUUUAUCAAAUUUGUGUUUGUUUUUUUUUUUAAUAAUGCACAAAUAUCUUAAACUUUUUUUUCUCCAUUAUUUUGCAGGCAUGUCCCGUCAUAUUCAAUUUUAUUUUUUUACACCAGCAUAAAAGAAAAGCAGAGAUGUAUUUUUCUAUGUAGUAGUUCUCGCAGAACAGUAACAUAUAACACUGGUUUACUUUCUCUUAACUGGUAGUGCUGCUAGCACACAUACAUAUACACACACUUUCUCAGGUUCUUGGUAUGGAUGUCCAAACCUUUCGCACAUGUUUGCACAUCCUCUGGCUACUAACUGACCACAUCACAACUUCUUCAGGUUCUCUCUUAAAGCUGUUCAAUGAUCACGCCAUUGAUCAUAUUCUACUGCCAUUCCUAUUUAUCAGAUAUGUUACUGUAGUCAUUACUGUCUGAAGAUAACUGCCUGUAUGAACUGUUUAGCCACAGCAGCAACAUUUAACUGCUAUGGUGGCAUACCAUAAUGUACAUCCACGAAUCAUUAUCGGCUUGACUAAAGCACUGUGUGAACUUUCUCUUUGGAAAAGACUCAUAUCCGGUGUCGGUGACAAUGCAAUGAAAGCUCAAAAAUAUUUUAGGCAUAGACGUUUACAGUUUUUGGUAAUGACUGCUUUAGUCUUUUAAACUUGAUACAAUCACUGUAUUUUUAUUAUUUUUUUAGCCAGUAACAGUAUCACAUUUCAAAUGUAUGUACAACUGAAGUCCACGGUUGAGCUUUUAGAGGUUUCACUGUUUUGGAACUAACAGGCUUGGUCCAUCAUGUAACUCAAAUCACACACAUGUUCCUUUGUCACUUUUUCUAGCACAUCAAAUUGGGACUAGGAACAAAACAAUCAUGGUAUUAUAAUUGUAUGAAUGCAGGAAUUGGUGUCUUAUUAUUGUGUUGCACCAGUUGAAUAAAAA